AUGUAUCGGAAGUUGUCUAAGUUAGAACACUCGGAAAUAAAACAACUUCUUACAGAAGCUAACAUAGAUGUUGCAAAACAUUACGCGACAAACAAAAAAGCACUCGCUGACUUCAUUAAAGACUACAAUGGUGAAAUAACUUAUGAUAGAAUUCAUGAGUUCAUAAAUGCAAGAACUUUUCCUUUAAAUGACGUUGCUAUUGACUUAUAUCAUAGACGUUCAGUACCUCAUGAAGUAAGAAGAGAAAUGUUUGACAUAACAAAUGCAAACGUUGGUCAUACUCGUAAAGCUCUUUCGCAUGAUGUUCGUCAAGAGAUGUUUGACAUAACAAAUGCAAACGUUGGAGAAACACGAAAGAGAGACGACACACUGAAACAACAGAGAAGAGAGAUGUUUAAAAGUGCUAUAGAACAAGUUCGCAAAGCUAACGAUGUCAUUCGUUCCAUUGACGACAAACCAAAAGAAGGUGAGAGAUGGUUAAAGAAAGAUGAAGAGAAUAGGAAGAGAAAUGUGAAGUCAGGCAAUAGACUCAUUGACUUUAACAUCGAAGCUUUAGAUGAACCAAACAGAGACUAUUUACACAAACAUUUCGGUAAGGUUUUCAUGAGACUCUUAGAGAAAAUUAAAAUAAACUCCCAACAAAGAUGGAUGGUAUGUUAUAAACUUGGUGGAAAGUAUGAAUGUUCUACGUUAAACCUCAAUAAUAUUGGAACAUUACUACAUCAGCUCUUGAAGGAGAACUUUAUAUCAGAGAUAGAAGCAAAUGCUGCAGGUAUUGUUGAAAUGCACUAUGACUUCUUCUUGACAAACAUAAAGAAUCUUACUGAAAUAAAGAUGUAUGAUUUAACAGAAUAUGAAGGCUUAACGAUGUCAGAUGUAAAGAAAGGCAAACCAAAAAAGAGACCAUAUAGAGAUGAAAGCACGCUGACAAAUGACCAGAAAGCCAUUUUGGAAGCUCUUAAGCAAACAGGAAACCCAGCACUUAUAGAAAGCUUUUGGAAAGAUAAUGGUGAAAAGAAGUUUUAUAAGAAGAGAAGCGGUCAGUUCUGGAAGUAUCUUUGCACAUUACCUAUAAAUCUUGAACGCUACCAAAUCUUC